GGAAGCUGACGGAUCCGCCAUGAUGCUGCUGCUGUGGACACUGGCAGUGCUUCUGGGAGUGGGAGCCGGAAGAGAGGUCUGCUACGACAGGCUCGGCUGCUUCAGCGACGACGCCCCGUGGUCAGGGACCCUCAAUAGACCCCUGACGGGGCUGCCCUGGAGCCCAAAGCAGAUCAACACCCGCUUUCUGCUGUACACCAAUGAGAACCCCAACAACUACCAGCAAAUCACUGCAGAUGUAUCAAGCAUCAGAAGCUCCAAUUUCAAAACCAACAGAAAGACCCGAAUCAUCAUCCACGGAUUCACUGAUAAGGGAGAGGAGAACUGGCUGGCCAACAUAUGCAAGAACAUGUUCAAGGUGGAGAGUGUGAACUGCAUCUGUGUGGACUGGAAAGGAGGCUCCCGAACGACGUACUCGCAGGCCACCCAGAAUGUCCGAGUUGUGGGGGCGGAAGUGGCAUACUUGGCUAACACUCUCCAGUCUCAGCUCGGAUACUCACUCAACAACGUCCACCUCAUCGGCCACAGCCUGGGCUCCCACAUCGCCGGGGAGGCCGGGAAGAGGACGUUCGGGGCCAUCGGGAGAAUCACAGGGUUGGACCCCGCCGAGCCUUACUUCCAGGGUACACCUGAAGAGGUACGACUGGACCCCUCGGAUGCUCAGUUUGUGGAUGCAAUUCACACAGACGCUGCCCCCAUGGUCCCCAACUUAGGAUUUGGAAUGAGCCAAACUGUGGGUCACCUAGACUUCUUCCCAAAUGGAGGAGUAGAAAUGCCAGGAUGCCAGAAGAAUAUUCUUUCCCAAAUCGUUGACAUCGAUGGAAUCUGGGAAGGAACCCGUGACUUCGCUGCCUGUAACCACUUGAGAAGCUACAAGUAUUACGCGGACAGCAUCCUCAACCCGACUGGCUUUGCGGGCUUCUCCUGUAGCUCCUACAAUGUGUUUGCUGCAAACAAGUGCUUCCCCUGUGCGCAUGGCGUCUGCCCCCAGAUGGGCCACUACGCUGACAGGUUUCCCGGGAAAACAAAUGGACUGUACCAGAAGUUUUAUCUGAACACUGGUGAUAAGAGCAACUUUGCACGUUGGCGGUACCAGGUGGCUGUCACCCUGUCUGGACAGUCGGUCACUGGACACAUUCUGGUUUCUUUGUUUGGAAAUGGAGGAAACUCUAAACAGUAUGAAAUUUUCAAGGGCUCUCUGAAAUCAGGCAACACUCACGUCAAUGAAUUCGACUCUGAUGUGGACGUUGGAGACCUGCAGAGGGUCAAGUUUAUCUGGUACAACAACGUGAUCAACCCGAGUCUACCCCGAGUGGGAGCUUCGAGGAUCGCGGUGGAAAGAAACGACGGCAGAGUGUUCAACUUCUGCAGUCAGGAAACUGUGAGGGAGAACGUCCUGCUCACACUCUCUGCGUGCUAGGAGGCUGCAGACGUGUGACCCCAAGCCGCAAUAAAAUCUAGCACUAAAACAA